AUGGCCCGGCGGCGCCGCCGCGCCUGCAUCGCGCUGUUCCUGGUGCUGCUCUUCGCCUUCGGCACGCUCAUGGGCCUGCGCACGCUCAAGGCUCCGGACGGACUCCCGGCUCUGGGCCCGGGCCUGGAGCUGGCGUCCUUGGAGCGACGCCCGGAGGGGGGCCCCGCGCCCGCGCCGGCCGCCCGGGCCCCCGCCGCCCCCGCCGCGCCGCCGCCCCCGCCGCCGCCGCCCGGCACCGCGGGUCCGGGUGGUCCCCCGGAACCGGCCCCCGCAGAGGCUGAGCCCGUCCCCGGGCAGAGUCUGCGGGUCUACUCGGACCUGCACGCCUUCUACUACUCGUGGUACGGGAGCCCGCGGCGCGAGGGCCACUACAUCCACUGGGACCACGUCAUGGUGCCGCACUGGGACCCCAAGAUCUCGGCCAGCUACCCCCGCGGCCGCCACAGUCCCCCCGACGACUUGGGCUCCAGCUUCUACCCGGAGCUGGGGCCCUACAGCUCCCGGGACCCCGACGUGCUGCGGGAGCACAUGACCCAGCUUAAGGAAGCCGCCAUCGGCGUCCUGGUCCUGUCCUGGUAUCCACCUGGCAUGGCUGAUGAUAAUGGGGAACCCUCCGAUGACCUGGUGCCCGCCAUUCUGGACACCGCCCAUCAGUACAACAUCCAGGUGGCCUUCCACAUCCAACCCUACAAGGGCCGGGAUGACAUCACGCUGCAUGACAACAUCAAGUACAUCAUUGACACGUAUGGCUCCCAUGGCGCGUUUUACCGCUAUAAGAACAGCAUGGGAAAGAGCCUCCCACUCUUUUAUAUCUACGACUCAUACCUGACAACCCCUGAGGCCUGGGCCCAUCUCCUGACACCAAAUGGGCUGCACUCAAUCCGCAACACCCCCUAUGAUGGGGUCUUCAUAGCGCUGCUGGUGGAGGAGGGCCACACCCAUGACAUCCUGGCCGCCGGAUUUGAUGGCAUGUACACCUACUUUGCCUCCAAUGGUUUCUCCUUCGGCUCUUCCCAUCAGAACUGGAAAGCUGUGAAGAACUUUUGUGAUGCCAACAACCUCAUGUUCAUUCCCAGUGUGGGGCCUGGGUACAUUGACACUAGCAUCCGGCCCUGGAAUAACCACAACACGCGGAACAGGGUCAAUGGCAAGUACUAUGAGACAGCCCUGCAGGCAGCCCUGACAGUGAGGCCCGAGAUCGUCUCCAUCACCUCUUUCAAUGAGUGGCACGAGGGCACCCAGAUUGAGAAGGCCAUUCCCAAGAAGACGCCAACUCGUCUGUACUUGGACUACCUGCCUCACCAGCCCAGCCUGUACCUGGAGCUGACUCGCCGCUGGGCGGAGCACUUCAUCAAAGAGAAGGAGCAGUGGCUGAUGUGAGGGGCCUGCAAACAGGGCCCGAGGUGCCGAUGUCCCAGCCUCACUGGAAUAUUGUCUCCAUGUGGGGCUCAGCUGAGGGUGUCGGCACUCGCCGUCUCCAUGUCGGCAGCUGGUGCCUCUGGGUGGGCCAUCAGGCCUGGGCCCAUGUAGGACCAGAGCCUGUUCCUCAGGCACGUGGUGCUGGGUUGCUCUGCAGUGACAGGAAACUGGGCGGUGUUGCAGAGGGAACUGUAGAGGCUGGCAGGUGACUGGAUGUAGCCCAGGGUAGCUUCACAUCCUCAGUGAGAACAGACAUAAUCCCUUCUGGCUCUGAACUCAGCAGGUUGCUGUGGUGUGGUGGAGUCGCCAAGCCACUGCUCUAGGAAGGGUGUCAGGGUUCUGGGCUAGCAUGCACCCUGCUCCCUUCUGCCACCCCUGCCCUCCCUUCAGGCCUCCUUCCCACAUUGACCGUCUUGUCCAAGUUAGGGAACCAUACUUGAGAUUUUCUAAAAGGGAAAUUCUAGGUUUAAGCUAUUCCCAGUAGAUUCCUGAACCCAAUUUUCAGAAAAUAAUCCUGAGCAUUCACACAUUAAUUCAACACAGACUAACACUUUUACUAUGUGCCGGGAGCAAAUGACCAGAAAUGGUCCAUCUCCCUUACAGGACCCAGCUUCCCUCACUUGGUAUGUAUGGCCUUGUAGCUAGUGCAGGAGCACAGCUAUAGGUUUUACCUGUUUGCAGUUUUACCCACUGCUGGGCGUUCUGUUUUCUCUAAGAAAAUACCUCUGUACUCAAUCCUCCAUUUUCCCAGAUGAACAUUUAGCUUCAGGGAGAGAACUAGGACUUCCCCCUCCCUUUAGCUGCCCAAACCGGAAUGAGGCCCAUUCACUAGAGCCAUUUUCAGUGCUACUGUGCUUUGUAUUAUUAAACGAUGUGGUAUUCUCAA